AUGCAUGAGCUAUAUUGUUCUUAAAAUAUGAAAAAAUGUAUUAUAUGCGAAGUAAGUUUCGAUUUCAAUAAUCAAGAGGAACAUUUAAAUUAUCAUCUUUAAAACACAUGUUAAAAUUGCAAAAUUUUUUAAAGUAAAAUUGUCAUAUAUAGUAACUCAAUUAGAAGAUCUUACUCAUCAUAAAUGUUUAUAAUGCCAAUUUUGUUCUUAAUUUUAUUAAAAAGAAGAACUUUAAAAUCAUUUAGAAUAAUGUAAACUUCUUAAAACAAAAUGUAUCUUUUGUGGAGAAGCCAUAUAAAACAAGCUUUUGGAAUUACAUAAACCUUAUUGUUAGGAAUAAUAUGAUAAAGGCAAAUUUUAAUGUGUUUAUUGUAAAGAAAAAUUUAAUAGUAAUAAUUUUCAUAUCAUCUAGGUUAAUAAAGUUUAAGCAAUCAUCAAAAAAUAUGUGAAAAUAAUUAAAAUCUAUGUCCAUAUUGUAAUUUAAGUUUGAUGAGCUAUUAUAAGGAUGAACAUAUUAAAAUUUGUGAGAGUAGAACUGAACCUUGUUCAUUUUGUAACUAAAGGAUUUUAUUAAAGAAUAAACCAGCUCAUGAGUUAAGUUGCUUUUAAAUUUAAUAAAAUUUUGUCUUUAAUUAAAUAGAAAUUCAUCAAACAACAAAACUUUAAUAUGAAUAAAUUACAGAUGAAUAUUUAGAAGAAUACCUAAAAUUAAAUGAUUCAGACAAUUGA